AUGUUUAGCAUCGUGCUCGUGGCGUUUUUCGUGGGCGGAAAGGUGACUGUUCUGGACUUCCAACUCAGAAUAAAAGUUGUAAACGCGUUCUUCAAAAGCAGAAAGGGGUUUUGAGAGGACAGCUGGUCUGUGCACACACAAGCCUGCGAACAAUUUCCACAGGGCCAUGUGUGUUCCGGGAGGCUACCGUUCACUCUUCCCGUCUGUUAGGGGAGUUAAAACAAUGGACAGUUAGAUAAUCCGAUCAGGGUUAACGACAAGGGGCAGAAGAAGCAGCACUCCGAAUAGUUCUGUAGAUUGCCCUGAGGGUUUUGACGGAUAUAAAUUCGGGCCAUGAACCAAAGUAUCUGGCAUAUUGAGUUAUUUGUUGACUGAGUAGUCAAGUGUCGUCCUUCAAGUAUCCCGACAUGAUGAUGAUGAUGAUGAUGAUGAUGAUGGUGGUGAUGAUGAUGAUGAUGAUGAUGAUGAUGAUGAUGAUGAUGAUGAUGAUGAUGAUGAUGAUGAUGAUGAUGAUGAUGAUGAUGAUGAUGAUGAUGAUGAUGAUGAUGAUGAUGAUGAUGAUGAUGAUGAUGAUGAUGAUGAUGAUGAUGAUGAUGAUGAGUAG